AUGGAGGGGAACCCGCACCUGCUGCAGCUCGUCCGCAAGAUGCGCUCCCAAAUCCGCCAGCUGGAGAGGGAGAACCGGGCCCUGAAGGGAGAGCUGCGGGGCUGCGGGCACACAGCGCCGCCGGCACCGGGACAGGGGAGCGGCCCUGGUGCGGAGGGACCGGCGGCAUCCCCGGCAUCCCCGGCAUCCCCAUCACCCCUGCAGGGCGGCGCCGCGGCCGCUGCAGCGCCCAGGGAGCACACAGAUGCUGCCAUGACUGUGAGACGCUACCCCAGUGCCUCCCCAGCUCCUUCCAGCACCAGGGGUAAAGUGAAGGCUGUGAGUUUCCUCUUACCAACAGAUAUGUCAUCAUUUGCUGAAAAGCAAGGAUCUCCCAAAAGCCUACAAAAUCAGAGCACGAAACAUCUGAUGACCGUCACUGAAAAGGAUAUGUGA